AUGAGGACACAUUCGUUGAGCUCGAGCUACCAAUUGUAUUAUUUGGCGACCAAUCUAUUUGGUAGGGAGACGAAAUGUGGCUUGGCCACAGACGAUGACGUGGAAGCCUUGUUGGCAACUGCCGACUAUCCCAUGGUGUACGUUGAGCACUACAACGGUCCGAUUGAAGAAGAAGCCUACAUCCCUACUUUUGAUUUUACUGAACCUUCGGGACACGUAGAUGAAGCACAAUGCAGUCAGUAUGAGACGCUGUAUUAUCAUCAUACGUCGUUUCAUGGUGUCCAGAGCUCGCCUCCACGACAAUAUUUUACAUGGGAUGGACAACCGCUAGACGAAUCUGCAUGGAAUCAAACCGAAAGGCUUAAUGAAGUAUGUGGGAGAUUGAACAAUGUGCGGACAGAUGAUGAACCUGAGCACGAAGCUGAAGGCUCGGUUGCAUCAGGAGACGAUGAUGAUUCUGAGGAAGAUGACGAAGAAUUUGACCCUGCGCUCGAGGUGGGCACUGCUUCUGAUGCCUCUGAGGAUUUAUUAGACGACGAUCUAAUCGAUUUCACGGAGAUCGAGCGAGCAGGUUGGAUCCAACAAAGUACAACACGUGACGGAGAUCCGACAGCCGAGACCGGUGAUCUAACUAAUUGGUUAGUUCCCUUGAUUCCAGUGGACGCCUCGGCUUCGCUGGUUGCUCGCGAGAGUGACCCUUCUAGAGUUGAUGAUCUGCAGAAGAAUUCUUUUUACAACAGCAAAGACGACCUGAUCAUUGCUGUUGGUUUGUGGAACAUGAAGCGAGGCACUGAGACAAAAGUUGUCCGCUCAGAUCCGGGACGAGUCUAUUUCUCUUGCAAGCACUCUGACAACUGCAAUUUCGAUCUUCGUGCGUCUAGUCACGAGCGAGGGAUGUGGAGAGUGCAUAAGUUGAAAGAGCAUUCAUGCGAAGGGGACUUGCACACAGCUAAAAAAAUCAAGGCGCACUCGAAGGUGGUUGCAGCGUUUGUGGCAAACAGAAUACGCGAUGAUGGAGAGGUCAUUAAGCCGAAAUCCAUCAUGGCUGAGUUAGUACGUGAUUUCGGCAUCAAAAUCAAAUAUGAUGUCGCGCUGCGUGCAAGAAAUCUCGGGAUGGAGAUGAUAUACGGUCGAGUUGAUGAUUCGUUCCUCCUGCUCCCAAGAUAUCUGUAUGCCCUGAAGGAAGCGAAUCCUGGCACCUUAUAUGGUUUGGAAGUAGACAUAGACUGCCGGUUCAAACAUUUGUUUGUUGCUCUUGCGGCUUCCAUCUCACCUUUCUACUUUUACCUUCGACCAGUGAUUGUGGUUGACGGCACACACCUGAAGGGAAAAAAUAGUGGCAUUUUGUUUGUCGCCGUGACAAAAGACGGAAACGAGGUAGUUUUUCCCUUGGCGAUCGGUGUCGGUCCGAUCGAGAAUGAUGAGUCGUGGAAGUGGUUUAUGUCACAUCUGAGAGAUCAAGGGUUACGGCCCGGUGUUGCUGAGCUUUUCCGCCAAGCUGCAUACGCCUACGAGGAAUCAGAUUACACGCGUGCAAUGUCAGCCAUGGCUGCUCUGAAACCAAAGGCGUACGAGAAGUUGUUGCGCGUGGGACCGGAGAAGUGGGCACGAUCACAAUGUCCUGUGUCCCGUUACAGUUUCCUUACAUCCAAUGCCGCCGAGAGUUUUAAUGCACGUUUGCUGUGGGCCAGACGUCUUCCAAUCUGCUCGAUGUUGGAGGUAGUCAGAUUAGUUAUCGAGCAGUGGUUCAACGACAGGCUUGCGGCCGCACAAGAGAGCGAUGAAAAUCUGACUCCGGAGGCAAAACAGAAGCUCAGUGCAGAACUUGUAAAAAGUCGUCGUUACACAGCCAAGAGGACCACCGAGAGAAAAUACAGGGUUCGUGCUAGUGGUCGCCAUUAUAUGGUUGACCUUCAAAAGCAGAGCUGUGAUGCAACGAAUUCGACCUGGACCAGAUGCCGUGUUCUCAUGCGAUUGCAGCCAUUACUGAGGCGAACGAGUCAGUGGAGGAUUACGUGCACUCUUACUACUGGAACAGUUCACUAG